AUGUUAAUAAAAACAACCCACAGGAAUCGCAAAGCCAUGAACAAAGUCGAGAAGGAGAAAACAGAAAUUCACAAUACAAGCGAAAUUCUAAAGUCAAGAAAUAAACCCUUGUAUUUAUUCUGCGACUCGCUGGAAAAUAAAUUCUUCUUGAUUAACCUUUGCACUGCACCGAAAAAGAAAGAAGAAUCACAUCUAAAGGAUUAUCUUAUCUUGGAAAAAUACAAUUGGUUUUUCGGAUCAAAUCGAUCGGAUCAGACAAUAAUUAUUUCCACGAUCGGUAGUAAAUCAACCGUCAUAGAACUGGAAGCUGGCAGACAACUCUUACGAAUUUAUCGCCGUUCGGAAUCUAGUCUGAUGAUCAUUUCUUCUGAUACGGAUUUUCAUCUCGGAAAUCGAGCGACUGUGCAACAACUGAUGACCGCAGAAUCCGAUAGAAUAGAAUGGACAUCGAAGAUAAUCAAGGAUAGUCUCUGUGAAGCUUUUCGAGCGUUCGGAACAAAUAAUUAUCCAGUAAUGUUGAAAAAUUACUAUCGGAGUUACAUGCUCGAUUCACAACACAUUCUUUUGAGAGAAGAUAAAAAUUUUACUUCGCUGAUACACCAGUUCUUUGUAGAAGAACAGGUCCGAUUAAUCAGGAAAAUCGUUCCCGAUAGCGAUCUCGAAAAUAUCCUUCGAUCUUUGAGGAUAUUUUUUCUGAAUCCAGAUAUCAGACUGAAAUACUAUGACUUGACAAAAAGUCAGAGAACACUUCAAGAUCUUGAGGCCAUGAAACCAUCAUACAAUCAUAUCUCUGAUUGCAAUAAAGCAGCCACGAUAGUUCAGUCCUUCUUCAAGAUGGCUCUUGUAAAAGGAUACAAACAACUUCAUAAUCCUGAUCAUGCUCUACAUAUGCAAGUUCGCAAGGAACUUUUAAAGAUAUCUGAUUUAUUUGAUUCAUCUAUCGUAAGUCAGUUGCUGAGAAACGUCAUCAAUCGUCAUGACAGUUUGCGCGAUCUCUAUCCUUAUUCUGAGGAUUUCGCGCAUGUUCUGAAUAUCCAAGAAUUCAAGGGUGCUCUCGAGAACAUCGGACAUGAACAAUGGUUUCCGAUUGUCAGACUCGUCGUGAAUACCAGACCGGCAGAAACUGUCUUUGCAGCCUUCGAAUUGCUGAUCGAUCUUCCUCGAGUCGCAUUGCGCGUCUUCAACAAUCAAAACGAGCACGAAGUAACGCGUAUCGUGAAUCACGUGGCUCCAGCUCGCUAUAAAUAUCUGUCGGACGGUUACACGGUAUUUGCUUAUGGUUGGAACGAAAAACACCGUAUCAGAGAAUUAGAUUGGGCGAUUCGCAUAAUCACCAUGAAGGGAGAACCAAUUCUUUAUCAACCUGGUGAAAAGCAAAUCAAACCUCCUAAGCUCACAGUCGAUGAAUUAGUCGGUACUUACGUUCCGAACAUCAGAAAUUGCAUCUCGCGAUGGGUUCUGCGAGCGACUUCGGGAACCAUCAUCUCGAUAAGGUUUACAACUUCCUACAAUUUGGCGAAAGUCAGAAUGAAAAUUACCGAUGAAGGAAAUAACAUUUUGGCUGAUGUAAGAGGCGGUUCUAAAGUUUUCCUACCUUUAAUUAUCUUAAAAUGCUCACUCAAGAAUGAAAAUUACAAAAUUAAGAAGGGAAACCAAGAAUUAAAUGAAAAGUUUACAAAUGCAGUGGAAGAGAAAAAUUUCUAUUACAUAGAUGCUUUCGUUCUUGACAACAGUUGGCCUCUUACAGAUGUUGAAUGGGCUGUCGCGAAUCAAGCGAAGAUAAAAAAUGCAGAAAACUUCAAAACGAAGAUACAAUCUGAGAUUAAAGUAUCAAAGUCAAAUUCAUCGACGACGAGAAAAGAUUUGAAACAAUCGAACAAUAAUCAACCUCUAGAACCGCCAUAUUGGAUUCUUCAGGUUGUUCCUGACGUUCAGGAUGCUGUAGAAGUUUAUCAAGAUAAGAAAAGGGAGCGAGAAAUAACGCUAUUAAAAGAAUCCUGGUGGUCAAAAGAUCCAGGUAGGUUCAACCGCGGAAAAGAACUCCGGGAGGCCUUUCUGAACGCGCACGCCUUAAAAUCUGAACCGGAACCGUCUUCAAAUCAAAAUGUAGAACAAUCGAAAGUAGAAGACGAAGAUAUAGCAUUCUGUCUGUCACAUACGAGACAACGUAGGACUUUGAAACCACCAGGAUUUCAUCGUCUGCCUGCUUUAAACCUGAUAAAGUACGCGAGAAGAGAUGAAGUCGCAAGACCUUAUCAUAAAAAGAAGAACUAUCACGAAAAAAUGCAAAAUAUGAAAAUCGAUAGUCAAAGAAAUUAUUCUAAUUAUUUGGAAAACUUGGCCGAGUUGAUAAACAAACAACUGCGAAGAUACGAAAAGUUCUUUAGGAAGAAGGAGGAAAAUUUCUGGGAGAGAAGAAGUCUGAUAGAUGCUGUUUACGAGUCGAGGAAGAGGUACAUUGAAAGUCUGGUAUCCGAAAGAGCGAGGACCAAAGAGAAAGGGAAAAAGAAUUGA